UUCCUGCUACACAACAUAAAAGCUCUCUUUGUGAGUCCAUCUGAGCAUUUCUACAGUGAGCACCAGGACUUUAAUCUGCUGCAAACAUGAGCCAAACACAACCUGAAAACCCAAUGAAGUCCAGAAUGGAGCAGGCAAAAGAGAUGAAGGAUGAAGAAAAACUUUACAAGCGAGAUGGAGUUCUGUACUCCUCGAUCCUGAGUCCACCAGAAACCCUGGAUAAACUAAAAGACCUGGAAGCCAGGGAAGAUGACGUUAUUCUGGUGGCGUACCCCAAAUGUGGGUUCAACUGGAUGGUGGGAGUCUUGCGCAAAAUCAUGAAUGCCUCCACUGGUAAAAAUGAGGCACCGCCCGACAGACCACCACUGGUCGAGUUUCUACCUCCAGAUGUUCAACAGAAACUCUCAGAAAUGCCUCCACGAAGACUUCUGGGAUCUCACCUGCAUCCAGACAACAUGCCUGCCUCUUUCUUUACCAAAAAACCAAAGAUUCUGGUGGUGUUCAGAAACCCAAAAGACACGCUGGUCUCAUACUUUCAUUUCAUGAACAAAAACCCAGUUCUGCCCAGCGCUGAACCAUGGGAUAAGUUUUUUUCAGAGUUCCUGGCUGGUGAAGUUCCAUGGGGAUGUUAUUUUGAUCACGCUCUUGCCUGGGAAAAACGAAUAGACGAUCCAAACGUGAUGAUUGUGAUGUACGAGGAACUCAAACAGAAUUUACCCAUGGAAGUGAAGAAGAUCUCAGAGUUCUUCAGUUUUCCACUGACCCAGGAACAGGUCAACAGUGUCGCUGAGCAAAGCACCUUCAAUGCAAUGCUGGAAAACUCAAACAAGUCUCACAGCAACAUGGGCUCAAUCUUCUUCAGAAAGGGUGAGGUUGGUGACUGGAAGAAUCAUUUCUCCGAGGCUCAGAGUAAAGAGAUGGAUGAGAUCUUCCGAUCUAAACUAGCUGGAACUAAACUAGGAGCUCAAAUGAAGUACGACAUCUACUGCCAAUAAAUGUGAAGAAGCAACCUUCAAAAAUAAAUGACAAAGUCUUCUCAUAAACAGUAUCACAGGGAUUUACAGUAUACUGUAUGCUUAUACAGGCAGCUGAUCUUUCAUGUAUUUCAUCAUUUUGCUGUUGUGUUUACAAUUUCUUUUUUAUCUCACAUUGCCAUUAAACCUCACAAUACGAA